AUGCGCUUACGCACGGGCCAUGGGUGCCAUAUAACCCAAACCCGACCCACAGAAGACAUCCGCAUCCUCAUCCGAGCUCCAGAAGAGCACCAGGAAUGGGCGAAAUCUGUCACCAACUACGCCCUGCGUGAGGCUACCUACAAAAUGUUAGGUCUGAUACUUAUCGAUAUCCCGGAUAUCCACCACACAGCCACAGGCUUCGCCAUUCGGCUUCGAAACAAACUCGUCCGACAAAAGAUCCUAGCCAACGAACAGGAACUAGGACACUGCCUCAAGACGCCGCAACCUCUGGAGUUAUCUUCCGCUAUGACGAACCCAGGGAAAUAUUAUCAAGGCACUGGGAGUCAACAACUGUCUCCAACUUCUCCUGUUGCCGGUUCCUUUGCCUGCCUGCACAACUAUCGGCGACAGAAACUGAAUCGUCGCUGGGAGAGCUAG